AAAGGAAAGGCCUAAUUAUAGUUUAAGGAUUUAUACAUAAGCAAACCAUUUGUUCCUCAUUUCACACUUUCCACUUCUUCCAGAUUGGGAAGAGAAACGACGCUGCUAAUAUUUACAGAUUUCUCACACUCCGAUCCAAUGAAGGAUGCCGACUCCUUACCUCUCAGCACUUCCUCCGUCGCGGCGAACGUCAAGAAGGAAAGCGGAUACCCCGCGCUCUUCGCGAAAGGCCGUUACAAGUUCUGGGCCUUAGCCGCGAUUCUACUCCUCGCUUUCUGGUCAAUGCUAACCGGCACCGUGAAUCUCCGGUGGUCAGCCGGUAACAUUAGCCAUUUCACCGACGAUCUGGUCUUUCCGAUCCACGAGGAUCUCGAUGUUCUCGAAAUGGAGGAGAGGGAGAAAGUGGUGAAGCAUAUGUGGGAUGUUUAUAACAAUGGGCGUCGUAUCAGGUUGCCCAGGUUUUGGCAAGAGGCGUUCGAGGCUGCUUACGAGGAGCUUACGAGUGAUGCACCUGAUGUGGUGGACGCUGCCAUUGCGGAGAUCGCGAGGAUGUCUAUUCGCUCUGUUGUCAUAGAUCCGCCUCCUGUGCAUUCUACGAACGUAAGGGAACUGACAAAGACUCUGAAACUUGCAGACAAAACAAACCAAGCAUCCAAACGAAGAAACAGUCGUCGAUUGAAAUAAGGCUUCUUGUGUGCAUGUGUGUUCUUUUAGUUCGCCGGAGCUUUAUCAAAGGUAGCGUAGUCGCCGGCCGGCGUGGCGUAACCAUACUUAUAUACUUCAUGUCGGAAAGAUCAGUCUCAUCAUCCCCUUCCUUCUUCCAAAAAAAUAUGUCCAUUAUCAUUUUGCUAGAGGCAUGAAUCAUUUUGCUAAAAACUCAAAUUUUGUUGAGGAACUUUCUUUUUAUUUGGGCUUUGAAUUGUAAUGUCCUUUUUAAUAUGUUUUGGAUUAUAAAUAUAUAUAUAUCUUUCCGCUC